AUGUCCGAGGAUGUGCCGUUCGGCGUGAGUUCGGACGAGGAAAUGCAGGAGGGAGAUGAAGAUGUAUUUCGGAAUCGGGGGCGAGUUGUGGCAUCAGUGGGGACCUCUCGGCCGGAAACGGCUGUCGAAGACCUCACUCAAAAGCACGGCUUGACGGGUAAUUUCGCGAAGAUGUGGGCGGCACAGAAGGAAAUGACCGACAGCGCACUCAAGCAGGAGCUAAAGCCAAUCAAGCAAGCGAUCAACGUCCAGAGCAAGAAGCUGCACCAAGGUCGAACAGGCGCAGCAGGAGCACGGGAAGCAGCUGAAGGAUUUGAUUGA